AUUUUUGUUGUUUUGAAAGUUGGCAACAUUGCAUCGAUAGAUAUUAAUAGAAAAAUGGCGAUGGAACAGAGUGACUUAAUAAUUCAUGAUUUAGAAGAACAAUGUGAAGAUGCAAUUUUUGAAGUUUGCGAUGCACGAGAACGUUAUCCAAUGUUAUGUGCUGAAGAAUUAGAAAAGUGUAUUAGGUUAACCAAUGAAAUACAGACUGCAAAAGUUGUCCAAAAUAUUAAAAAAUUUAACGACAUAGAACCUUUGACGGAAGAACAAAACGUCAUUUUAUAUAAGGAAUCAAAUAAACAAAAUUAUCCAUUUAAAUGUAAAGGUGUAGUGAUAAAAAGGAUGAAAUGUAAAUUUGACAAUUUAAAGAUGGUCGUUGAACAAUUGAAAAGGGAAAAAUAUUGUGAUAUAAAUAAACUAUUAAAUUCAUAAUUUUUAUCAUAUAAUUCAUAUUUCAUUA